AUGUUGCGCUUCAGUUGCUAUGAGAUUGUUUGGGAUUGCCGCACAACACGAGUAGAGCAUGAGGAGAAAAAACGGGAAUCCAUUCUAGGCGCUGAUGCCAUCAACCUCCUGCCUUUCUUCUUCUCGUCUGGUGCCGCAAAAUCAACCGACUUAGAAAUCGCAUGGCAUAGUACCGUAGAGCAGUAUUCAGAUCUGAAUUUGACCCAUCAAAGCGAUAGGCUGCCUGCGAUUUCAGCACUGGCACAGCGUAUGGCGGAACUGCGGCCUACCGAUAUCUAUCUUGCAGGUAUGUGGCGGAACACCUUGCUUCCUGAUUUACAGUGGAAAGGAAUCCGUCAACCCUACAAGGAAUCGACAUUGCCAACCUGGUCCUGGGCUUCCACGCGUGGAGUUAUGUACCUCACCACCGAGUUCAUACUGAAAGGCGUAAAAUAG